AUGUGGAACAUAUUUUCGAAUGAGGAUCUGUCACUACAUGUGGAAUCUGAAAAUAUAGAAAAUAAUAUAUCAACAGAAAAGGCAGUAGAAAGUGAAAACAAACAAAAUAUUUUGAUGAAAACAGACACACAUAGAUCUUGUAUAUAUGAAAAUAAUAUAAAAGAAAUAAGAAGAAAUAUUAGAAAAAAAUAUAGAAUAGUGCAAACUCAGUUGUUAAAGUUGGCAAAAAUUGCUAAACAAUUUCCAGAAAUUGAAGAUGAAGAAAAUGUUAACUCAAAUAAAAAUACUAAAAGCGUAGGAAAAAAUUGUGAGGAAGACAAUGUAACAAAAAAAGAGGGCGAUAUUAAUCAUCCAGAUAUUGAAAAUUCCAAUAUAAAUUUGGAGAAAAAUAAGUCAAACGAACUUAAACAAACAAAUAAUGAAGAUAAUAAAACCAUUAUGGUUAGUAUUGAAUUAAUAAAAAGGAUGCAAAAAAUUACUAAAAAAAUAGAUAUAGAAAAAUUAUCAUCGAAAAAAAAAAAAAAAAAAAUAUAUAUAUAUAAAGAUGAAGACGAAGCAUUUAAGAAUAACUUGUUAAAAAGUAAUUUGCCAGCAAAUUAUUUCAAUGCUUCAUCAAAAAAUAUAGAUAUUGAAAAAAGUAAUAAAAAAAUAAUGAGAAGAAGAUCAAAAAGAUUGGAUUUCCUGAAAAAUGGAAGUAAUAAUUUCAAAAAUGGAAAUAUACGAAAUAUUUAUGAGCAUGCAAGGUUAUUAUAUAAAAAUGAUACAAAAAAUCAUAAUACUAAUCAUUAUUAUAAUUAUAUGAGUCCUUAUGAUCGAUUAAAGAAAACAAAAACUAGUAUAUACAACGAUACAGACAAUGCACAACUAACAGACUUUUACGUUACCUCAGCAUCUAAUACAACUUUUAACAAAUUAAAUUAUAUGAAAAAAAAUUCAAAAAUAAAUCAUUUAAAUACUAUAAUUCAUAAUGAUGAAAUUAACUAUAAUAGAAUAAUGAGUAAUGAUUAUAGUCGAGGGUACAGUAACGAUCCAAGUGUGGUAUAUGGUGGAAUUCUCAAUUCGGGUAGUUUUAUACAAAGAAAAGGAAAUGAUAAAAUGGGAUACGGUAUUUUUGAAAAAAAAAUUAAAAAUAACUACAAAAUAGGAUUGUAUAAAUACAAUUUCAACAAUGUAAUGACAAAUUAUUUCCCUGAAUAUGUAGGGAACAUGGAAGACAAUUUAUAUCAUCUUUCCUCCCAAAUGAUAUCAAUUGAUAAAAAAUUAAAAAGAAAAAAAAAACAUAAUUUUUUUAAUAAAAAAAAAGUAAACAAAUUUAUAAAGGAUGAAAAGAUAAGAGAUUUAUUAAGAACUGCUCAAAACGAAGAAGAUUUACUUGAAGCUAUUACUUCUGCAGAGAAUGCAGGAUUGCAUUUCGAAGCUAAAUUAGGUAAUAAGAAAUUGAGCAAAUUAAAAGUCGAAGCCUAA